AUGUGGAUUGGGGUAGCACAAUGUGCUCCCAUAGAGGUGACAACUUCCAUGGAGGAUACGCCGGAAAUGACAACAAUACUACCCAGCAGCAUAAGUAUGGAUAACGAAAUGGAGAGUUCUAAUAAAACCCAGAAGUUGGAGGAGGAACCAUCCUACUCCAUAGAUGUGAAGCAAAGUUUAGGGUCCCAUCAUGCCGAAAAUUAUGCCAAAAGUUCAUAUUUCAUACCAGUCGAAGUGAGGUUUGAUGAACCCAGGGAUUUUCCAAAUUCCCAAACUUCACCGGAAAAUUCUCAAAUUUCUGGGGAUCAACAUACAGUCCAGACAACAACAAUAAAUGAAUUUCCAGCAUUAUUAAAUGGUUCAGAGAGUAUUACAGAAUUAAGAUUUGGAAAAUCAAACAAUUUUUCAAAUACCCAAAUUUCCCCAGAAAAUCCCCCCACUUCUGGGGAUGAAAAUACAGAUCGUACAACAAUAAUAAACGAAAUUUCAGCAUCACCAAACGUCUCAGAGAGUACUACAGAGUUAUUAGUAUCAGAAAACUCGAAUUCCCAAAAUCAAACUGAAAAUCCCCAAAAAAUCCCCACACAAAAUUCCGGUGAAAUUUCAACGGAAAUCACAACAUCCGGUAUAUUUACAAGUGAAAAUUCUCUAGAAGGGCUUUUAAGUGAUUCUCAGAGUGAAGGACAAAAUUCCCAAAUUUUCCCCGAAAAUCCUCAUAAUUACCAACAAGAAAAUUUAGCUGACAUUACAACAAAAAGUGACAUCCCAGAAUUGCAACAUAACCCAGAAGUCGUAACAGAGUCAAUGCAAAACGAAACAAGUGAUUCCCAGAAGGAAAAUGAAAAUCCCCAAAAUCCUAAUAAAAAUUCCCCAAUUUCCACGGAACAGAACUUCAGGGAUCUAGCAACAACAAAUGAAACACCUGUGCCACUAAACACCCUAGAAGGCAUAACAGAGCCUUUUAAACUUGAAAACAGUGAUUCCCAAAAUCUUAAUAAAAAUCCCCAAAAUUCGAAUGAAAAUCCCCAAACUCCAUUUGAUCAAAAAUUAGCUGACGUAACUACCACAAAUAAAACCCCUGUGCCCCUUAACACACUAGAAGGCAUAACAGAGCCUUUCAAAAUUGAAAAUAGUGAUUUCCAAAGUCAAAGUGAAAAUCCCCAAAAUCAGAGUGAAAAUCCCCAAACUUCAUUUGAUCAACAAUUAUCCGACAUAACAACAACAAAUGAAACCCCAGUACCACUAAACACCUUGGAAGGCAUAACAGAACCAUUUAAAAUUGAAAACAGUGAUUCCCAAAGUCAAAGUGAAAAUCCCCAAAAUCACUAUGAAAAUACCCAAAAAUCUCCAAUGUCCUAUUCUAAUGAAAAUCAAGAAGAAAUCGAAAAAUCAGUCAUCACUGAAAAAAAGUUAGAUUCAAGUGAAGAAAUCUCCAAAUCCAGUGAAGAAAAGCAAAAAAGUGGGUAUUUCCCCACUGGAAACGAAAAUCCCCAAAGCAUAAUUUCAAAACUUAGUGAAAAUGAAUCCUCUACUGAAACAAAAAGUGAAACUGAAAUCAAAUUUCCUGAAAUGCCCCAAAUUAUUUCCAACAACCAAAACAAUAUGGCAACCCUGAAUGUUUCCCAGGAAAAUGAAAAUCUACAAGACGAAAUUUUAAAGGCCGUGGAAAGUGGAAACCCCAUUGAAUUUCCAACAACUACCCCGGAAAGUUCAACCUUACGGAACGAUGGCGAAAACUCUUCAAAUAUUCCAGAGUUGCCAUAUGAUGCAGUACAAAAAGCUGAGGAAAAUAAUGCAGCGACGGAAAAUUUAACAGAAAAAGAUUUAAUUAUGGGCAUAAUAGAACUGUAUAAUUUCGAUUCCCAGCCAUCUACUGAAAAUCCCCAAGCUUCCCGGGAAAAAUUAUUUGAAGAUGUGGCAGCGACGGUAAUGGAAAUUCCCAAUGAAACUGGAAGAAAUUAUGAUAUUAAUAUCAGAUCUACCCAGAGCGAAAUUCCCGAUCAAAUGGCAGUGGAAUCUCAAAAUUCUGGAAAUCCCCAAAAAAUCCCAGAAAGUGUCAUGGAAUCUCUAUCGAAUUCAGCAACUAAUCUAGGAUCCGAUGAGCUGCCCAGCACAACACAGGUGGUGGAAAUUGUAAAAGAAAUCCCAGAUAUGCCAGUCAAUGACUCCCAAAUUACAGAAUCUCCAAAUGUCACGAAUAUUAUUAUUUCAACUAAUUUGGCAGUGGAAACUGCUCCCGUAACUAAACAGCACGGAAAUACACAAGAAUAUGAAAAUCCCCAAGUUUCUACUGAAAAUGCCCAAAAUGUCCCCGAUUUUAGUGAAAAGAAUAACUUCCCCGAAGAAAAGAAGGAAGACAAUUUUCACCAUAAUGAAAACUCAUCGGAAAAUUCGAAAGUCGAGAAAACAGAAACUCAUUUCACAGUUCAAAAUCCCGAAAAUAUGAAUUCCCAAAAUAUAUCUGAAAAUCCCCAAAUUUCCCCAGAAUCGCAAAAUACCUCUAAUGAAAGUAUUUCAAAUAAUUCUGCCAUUGAAACUGCCGCAGAAACCAAACAAAAUGAAAAUGCCCAAAAUUUCAUGGAAAAUACCCACGAUUUCCCAGGAUUGCCAUAUAAUAUGCCCGAUAAAAUUUACGUCCAAGUCAUUGAAGAGCCUGUAAUUAUCCAGAGUUUUCCAACUACGGCGUCUCCGAUUCUAGAUCACAGCACAGAAAUUCUUUCAGUUUCCCAAGAAAAUCUCACAAUUCCCAAAGAUAUGCUUCCAGAAAAUCUCCCAAGCGAUAAUCCUCCAGCUUCCCCAGAAAAUCCCACAAUGCCUGCACAAAUGGUAAUUUUGACUGAAGCUGAAACUUCUUCAAGUCCGAAUAUAGAAAAGAGCGAAGAAAAGUUGAAAAACAUCAACUUCAAUGCCCAGUUAUCAACUGAAAGUUCCCAAGAUGCUGGAGUUUAUAUGUUAAUGGAGAUGAUUGUGCCGGCAGAGAGUGUCCAGGAAAUGCCCAGCACAGAACAGGAAAAUUCUACUCAAUUUUUGGAAAAAUCACAAUCUAGAGAAGCUAAAAGUUUGGAAAUAAAACCACAAGAAUUCCAACAAACGGAGGAAAAGAAUAUAUCCCUAGAGGAAAAUAUUGGUGAAGAAUCCAUGUUGGCAACCCAGGUUGCUACCACAGAUGACUUGACGAAUGCCGCCUAUGAGAAUCCUGGUUUUAUAAAUCUCAACGACAAUAUGGAUAUAAUGGACAGUAGUUUCCCAACAAGUACUUCGGAAAGUGGGGUAACAGAAAUACAACAAAACUCAGGGGAAAAUCAAACAAAUGGGGAAAUCAGCACAACAAAUGCACCUUCAAUUUUGAGUGAAGAUAGUUUGUCUACAGCAAAAUUCGAAGAGGUUGCAUUAAUGAAUGAAGACCCAACCACACCAAAAGCAGCAGCAGCAAGUAUGACCACAGAAUCUUCUACAAAACCCAAUAUCGUAGCAGAAACUACCCUACCAACCAUCGAGGUAACAAAACAGGAGACCCUACAGACAACCACAGAAAAAAUGGAGAAACAAGCUACCACCAUGUUACCGGAUUCUACCACAACCAUGCCAUCCGACACCAAUGGCAACACUGAAAGCACCAACACCGAAAUGGGUGAAGAACCCACAGCCACGACCAUCAAUCAAUUUGCCUCAUUGCUGGCCGAAACUGAAAUGAAUGUCCACAAGGCCUUUGAAACGCUGCGAGAAUGGAUUGCUCAUGGUCAGAAAUUGGAAGAUACCACAAGAAAUCCGGGUGCCAGUGAUGGACUUGAGGCAACAACAAAUAAUCCAAGUAUUAAGGACAUGACCACCAUGAAAUCGUCGGAAGAUACAACAAAUGGUAAUGGUGAAAAUGUAACAGAUAUGGCAACCUUGAUGCAUGAUAAUGAAAAUUCAAAGGAUAUAAAAGAAAAUAAUACGGAAAUUCCAAAUACAACAAUGAAUUCCUCUACGGAUGAUGCUAUGGAUAAGAAGCAUUCAUCAGGACAAGAUGAAAUUACAUCGACUACAGAAGGAAGUUCAAGUGACAUGGAAAUUAAGGAGACUUCGACAGGAGUUGCAGACCACACGGCCACCACAACCGAACAAGGUGUGGCAGAAACAACAAUAGUUCCAACGCUUGCACGAGUCAAACUAGAAAAGGAUUUGACCAGCAUCAACUUGACAUAUUUAGAUGAUUCUAGCGAAGAAGAAAUAGAAAAUGAUAGGAGCAAAGAACACCAGAAACUCAACUCCCACAGUAACUCUCAAGAAAACUCCCAAGAAAUCAAAAAUACCCAUACCACCGAAAAUAGUGAUAUGGAGGCGUCCACGGGUAUAACAGAAAUGGUAAAAUUCAUCCAACAUGAAACCACAACUGCGGCGUCAGAUCAAGAAGAAAGAAAAACACUGCAGCCCCUGACACAGGCUUCAUUCAUGGAAGAGCAGCAGCAGCAAAUUGAGACAACAACAGUUAAGGAUAUAAGUUCCCCCAGUACCAGUACAGCUGAUGAAAAAGAAGAAGAAGCUACGGAAAUGUUUAUGAUGUUGUUGACAACAACACCAACAACGCCCGCAGAAUCAUCUACAAUAACUGGGAAAGAUGGAGAUCUUACAGAGUCUUCCAAUGUUGCUCUAACAGCUACCACGGAAGUACCUGAGACCACAGAAAGCUCUACAAAUGUUGUGACAACAACCCAUGAAAGUGACAAAACGGCAACAGAUUCAAUAUCAACACCGGCUUCUGAAGUCACAACACAUCUGCCAGACACAACAACACCAGAUCUUCAAGAGACCUCAACAACGACAACAGAUAUUAGCAUUGACACAACAACACUCAAUCCCGAAGAAGAUGAAGAAUUUAUAACAACAACGAUGACAACCGAAGAACCGGAAAUUGAAACCACCACCCUGUUGACGACGACCGUGGCCCUCGAGCCGCGAUCACUGCCCCCACCAAAAUUAGAAUAUUUACAAAGUGAAGACGGUGUGGAGGUCUUCUACGGCUAUUCGAUAGUUAAACAUAAUUAAUUUAUUUAUAAACGACUAUUUUAAGCUCUUUAACAGGGUGCUCAUUAAACCACAACAAAA